AAGGAUUUGAUGUAUUCAAUUUAAUGAUAGAAAAUAAGUUUAAAUUCUCGUUUCUUUGACUCUUAAUAUUUAAUAUUUAAUUAUUCUUAAAUAAAUUUUCAAAUGUUGUUUCAUGAAAUAAUGAAAGUUUUAGCUGAGACCGGUUAGCAAACGUUAUCUUUUAGUUGUCACUACAUAUUUGUUUGUGAUUAUAAGUCAAAAGGAUGAUAUAAAUGAUAAUUAAUAUUUUCGAAAAAUAUGAUAAUGCUUUUAAAAGCAAUUAGUUUUUCAAACUAAUGGAAAAUUCAGGAUUCAACUCAAAUUCACUUCCGCCUUCAACGUUGGUUGUUUUCUCUCAAGCUGGAAGUCUUUCAGAUGCUCUGAGGAUGCAUAGACCUUUCAGUUCAGCAUUCACUUCAAGGGUGCAAGAGGCUAAAGACCUUGUCGGUGGUCGCGGCUUCCGCUUGAUCGAGAGUUACCCUGGACUCCCUUCUCACUUCUUGCAACAGCAGCUCUUCGGACCUCCGUUCCCGAGUCCGUUCCCUUCGGCCUUCGCUCCUCCGCCGCUGAAGAGUCUCAAAUUGGAGCAGAUCUUAUCCCCCAUCAGUGUGUCUGUCUCACCUUCUCCAGAAGAAAGUGCCGACGACCCGACUCCAGGCUCUGAAAUUUCUGACGACGGCUCCCACACACUUCGUCAUAAGAAAACUGACCCUUCUUGCUGCCCUGUGUGCGGUCUGUCAGUUAGAGUUGGUGACCUUGAUUCACAUUUUAUCCAAGAACUAGAAAAACUUUAUAAAAUUACUUCUUCUAAUAGAAGUCGGAGGAAUAAGGAAUCAGUUUCUGAUGGAUCUCUAGAGAAUAGAUGGGAGGCCUAUUUAAGAAUAAAAUCUAAUCGACAUUGCCGACUAAGGCUGAAAACUCGCAAGAAAAAACCUGAUGAUGUUAUAUGUCCUAUUUGUAAUGAGAAUGUUUAUGGAAAUAUGCAGCAACUUAAUAACCAUGUUGAAAUAUGUUUAAGAAAGCAUGGUUCUUUUGAUGUGCAAGAUGAAGAAGAAACUGUGGAUGUAGAAGGGGAAGGAGAUUAUGAUGACUACGAAUGGUCAGGGCAGGGGAGAUUACAAGUAUCUCCAGUUGUAUUGGGAAGAUAUGGAGGAGUAUGUGAACGGAGUUUCCAAAAUUCAGAAGUUGAUGAAGAUGAAGGAGUAGGAGAAUUAGUAGUUGAUCGAGAUGAAACUUCUCAUUAUGGACCUAUACAAUAUACCGAUGCUGAUUUAGUUAUUUCACUAGCAGUUGAUAAUAAUGAAGAGAAAGACAAGUCAUUAUUAGAAAGUAAUGCGGUGAAACAGACCAUUGUCCACUUAAAAGAUGGGAAUGCUGUUUCAAAAAAGAAUGAGAAUUCACCUGAAGAUGAAGAACCAAUUAAAAUUGACUCUGUUGAAAAUAAGCAAAUUAUAGAAGCUCUUAAAAGCAGGAUUCGUCAACUUGAAGCAGGACAUUCAUCUGAAAUGAAGUUCAUGUGUCUUAUUUGCAAGGAUCAGUAUGUUAAACCACUUAUAUCAAUUGGAUGUUGGCAUGUAUAUUGUGAGCAGUGUUGGCUCCAUACUUUGGGAGCUAAGAAGUUGUGCCCUCAAUGCAAUAUGAUAACAUCCCCUUCAGACUUACGGAGAAUCUAUCUUUGAUGUAAAUUUUGGAGUUUGAAAAAAUCUUAUAAAUUAAAAAAAAAACACUGUUGUCUUUCUUAAGUUUAAUUCCUUUUUUAAAUUUAAGUUUGAAUAUUGAAAUACAAUAGAUUUAUUUGUUAUUAUCUCCAAAGAAAAUAAUAAUGUAUCUUAUUACUUAUGGAAUUUAUUAAAUCUGGAAAAAAAAUUUAAAUGUUAUAAAAAAUAUACAAUUACUAAAGAAAACAAGAGUUAUAUGUAGUUACUACCUAUUAAAUCUAUUCUUGUCCCACAAAGGUUGAUGCUUAGAUAUUUUUAUAUAAUCUUACAACAGCCUGAAUCGUAUUGUUAUCUUAGAAUACAGACUCAUAAAAUAGUGAGAUAAAUAAUAAAUUUAAAAAAUCAAAUGUGAACUUAUCUGUUACUUAGUAAAUGUUUGUAUAAUUGUCCAAAAU